AUGUUUGAUCCGCCAGAUCCAAGCAAGAUGCAAUACGUGUCACAGCAAGCCAUGUCACUCUCGCUUGACGACAAUGCGAGGUCAAGGACAUCCAUUCCGCCCGAGCAGCGUGACGAGAUAGAAGAAGAGGAAGAACGUGAAAGAAAGCGCAAAGCUCAGCUGGUUUCGAAAUUGAAAUUUCACACAGUUGUCAGGCAUCAGCCUACACGCUUGGAGAGAGCGCUCCCUACCGUCCUGCGGCAGAUCAACUCUGUCAAAGAAGUAGCUGAGCUCGUUCACAAGAACUCACCAUUGGUUGGGCCACGACGGAAGCGUAGCAUGUCUGUCAGCGACAUGGUCGUCGAAUCAGCACAGUCACUGUACACAUUCGCAGCCUGGUCGCUGUGGACGCUCUUCAUGACUUCAGUCUACCCAACCCUCUUGUCAUGCUUCAAAGUCGCUAUUGUGGCUCAUCGGGCUGUCGCUGAGGGGCUUCUUCAGAUUCUCGAAUGGCAUCUUCCUAUUCAGUCGAUUCAUCUGCCAGACGGACCGGUGCACAGUGACGGACCAGUUGCUCUCAAGGAUAUUUCAGCAUGUUGUCAGCAAGUUCAUUUACGACUAGAACAGUUCUCUUAUUAUCCUUCGCAAUAUGCGAGACUGCGCAAGCGUAGCCAUUCGUCCGGUUCGGUCUCGGACAACAACAGCGACUAUAUCAGGUUCUACAACUCCUUGUGGCUUGUUGCGAACGAUGUCAUUAUUGGUAUUGCGAUUGGCAGCUUCAUCAACGACAACGCAACGCAAGUCUCGCGCUUCCUCGCAACCAUUGUGAACGAAUACACCAUUGAAGGGCUCAAACGUAUGAUUCGUUGGCUCAUGGACAAUCCUGGUGGCUUGAAGCUCAACACUGAGCUGGCAGCAUUCUUGGGCGAUCUCUUCCUCUGGGUUAUCGAAUAUUGGUCCGGCACGUUGAUCUAUUUUGUGGUUCCGCACUUACCGACGAUGGUCUACUUCAUCAGCGUAUCCUCCUUCGCCGGCGCCUCAAUGCCGAUCGCAAUUCUGUCGGAUCUGAUCAGCCUAUUGACGAUCCACAUCUACAGCUUCUACAUUGCAAGUGCCAGAAUCUUCAACUGGCAGCUCACCAUCAUCGUCAGCUUGUUCCAUCUUUUCAGAGGGAAGAAGCGAAACGUACUUCGCAAUCGUAUCGACAAUUGCGACUAUGAUCUGGAUCAACUCCUCCUCGGAACGAUCCUAUUCACACUACUGUUCUUCCUGCUGCCAACAGUCAUCGUUUUCUACAUCACUUUCGCUUUCGCGCGAAUGAGUAUCAUCACAGUCAAGGCGUCACUCGAUUCCUGCCUGGCUUGUCUGAACCACUUUCCACUCUUCGCGAUCAUGCUACGCGUCAAGGACAGCAAGCGCCUGCCAGGAGGUAUACAUCUCCGGCUGAUUCCAGUGGCUAAGGAAGACGUACUUCAACAACCAGCUCCAUCGCCUAAUAAACAGAUCGAGGACGACGACGAGUCACCAACCAGCACAGACUUUGAACGGCUGUUGCUACCGAACGUGUCAUACAUCGGAUUGUCUUCGCAUCCUCUCUCCCUGCGGCAGAUUUUUGAGGAGUAUUUUCAGCUAGGCAGUCGGAUCCGGAAACACUACUUGUCAGCAAAUGUUGUAUUCAGGCUUCUCACCGGUCGCUUUGUGCCGCCACUUGGUCGCGAUGAGAUGUACGGACUACAGUAUAGUGUACUCCCUAGGCACAGGAUCGGUGUUGCUGAAAUGUGGAAGAUCUUGAAUGAGGCUCAGGAUAAGACCUCCGGGGAACCACCCUGGAGAGUCGAUGGUAGGGCGUCUGGCCAGCAUCAAAAUGGCAGUGUCCGCUCGAAGUCAAGGCACCGGCGAUAG